AUGACCAUCAUAUCUUUAUACCAUAUCUUUUAUUUCAUAUUCCAAAUUUCAAAUUCUCAUAGUACAACAACUUCAAAACCGAUAGUUUUUACUACUAAUCUCAUCCAUCGUUAUGGACAUGUCAACGGAACUUACCUUAUGGAAAGAACCAUUAGUCGUUCUAGUUCUCGCUUGUCUCAUUUGAAAUCUAUCAUGAAACUCCACGACAACCAUUCGGCGGAAACUACUAGCAUGGAAACGACAAUUGUGCCUUCUCCUGGUUUAUCGUACCUCAUGGAGGUUUACGUCGGCACACCGCCAGUCAAACAAAUGAUGUACGUGGACACGGGGUCUAGCGUGUCAUGGAUUCAGUGCCUUCCAUGUGAGAAUUGUUUCCAUCAAGCUCUACCCAUAUUUAAUCCUUAUGCGUCAGCAUCAUCUCAAAUAUUGGUAGAUUAUGAGCAUGAGUGUAUGUUAUUAGAAGACAAACGUGAUUUAACUAAAUCAAAUGGAGUAUGUAACUAUGCUCUAACUUUCGGUGGCGAUUCAUAUACCCAUGGGGUACUAUUUAAGGAAACUUAUACACUUGGGCCCAGUUCCAUCACUCACGUUGCUCUAGGGUGCGGGCAUAACAAUUUUGGGAUAGUUGAGGAACAGUGCACCGGUAUAAUUGGGCUUGGAGAUAGUCCUCUCUCAUUCAUUGGUCAGACUAAUGCUUUUCUUCAUGGAAGGUUUACAUACUGCCUAGUAUCUGAUCAAUUCGGUUCAAACCCAGAUGCAAGGACUAGUAAGAUUAGCUUUGGACAUAGUCCGGAAGGGACUAUUUCCACCUGGUUGUGGAAGAUGCAAGACAAUCCAAACUAUUAUAUCUUAUUGAAAUCAAUCAUCAUUAGAGAUACACUAAUGAAUGACGUACUUAAUCAAUCAUCAUUGGAGAGGAAGGGGUGA